UGGAUGCAUCUGCGCCACUGAGAAUGAUUUUGAGCCAUGUCACCAAUUAUUUCUAACCAUUGGUUUUUUAUCGUCCCGAGGAGUCAUUAAUAUUGAUUUUGUGACCUGACACUAAGUGUUUUGCAAUGAAUGAUGCUGGAUUUCCAUUGAAAUUAACUGUAUAGGGAUUUUCUAUGUGUUUUAAUAACCAUUUUGGAACAUGUUCUUUUCGACGACAUUCGAACAUUCUAUUGGUUCUACCUAUAUAAGUGUCACCGCAACUUCAGAUAAACUUGUGGAUACAGUUUGAAGUAGAGUCUACAGAAUUUCGUUCUUUAAUCGUAGGUUCAGGGAUGGAGAAUGUUCGAGAUGUGAGGGAAAGAGAUGCGGCGUAGAAUGUACGUCUAAUGGCUGACCGAAGUCUUUCAGGUGUCAACUGCAUAAUCUGGUUACCCUUGAAUGAUUUACUUCAUGCCAAUUUGCUUAUAAUCAUCCUACGUGUGUGUGUGAAAGUAUGUAAUCACUAAUCGACAUCAAGGUUUCCAAUAUGACAAUGAUGACGCUGUACAUUUGAUAUCUCUGUGAACACUGCGAUCUCUCUUCUUUUUUGUCGUCGUUUGAUCACCGAAAUGCCGAUAUUUAAUCCUAAAACAGUGACUAACUUUUUAACCUAUGAAAAAGAAGAAAAAGUUGGCUUCCUGUGGAAAAAACGUUCAGAACAGAAAAAGGCCUACAAACGAAGAUAUUUUAUCCUAUGUGGAAAUAUUUUAGCCUAUUUUGAUAAAAAAUUGGAUAAAGAACCACUGGGGAUAAUAUUUUUAGACUGUCAUAUUGUUGAAAUGUUGGAUGAUUUAAAAAUGGCUAUCCGUUUCAGAGGUCCAGGGGAAUUAUGCCGUAGUUAUAUUUUGAAGGGGGAGACAGCUGAGGAGAUAGAGGAUUGGAUGCGUGCUAUCAGUCGAUGUAGUAUUGAAUAUAUAACAUUAACAUUGGAAGAUUUAGAAGAUCACUACAAAGCAUUGAGUACAGUAAAACAAGCCUCAUCAUCUGUUAGUAAUAAUAAAUCUCCAUCCCUUGGCGGUAGUAAUAAUUCAUCUUUUUCAUUAACUAAAACAUCAUCAAUAUUUUCAAAACGACGUUCAAAUCCAUUUAAUAAUAAUAAUAAUCGAAGUAACAGUACAAGUAGUACUACAACUAAUUCUCCUCCAAUCAUUUCUGAUGUUCCUACAUCUACUCCUUUAACAAAUAAUCAAUCAGAUAAACAAUUAUCCAAGACGAAUUCAUCACAGAAUAGUAACUCUUUAUUAAAUCAAUCGAAAAAGUCACCACCCCCUCAACCUGCUCGUCCACCACCACCGCCACCCCCACAAGCACGACCACAACCACCCUCUCUGACACAUACUCAGUGGUUAUUAACACAGAAUUGGGAACAGCUGAAUGCUUCAUUGAAAGCAGAAUUUCUUAAAUCUAAUGGUGAUGAUAAUGAAAAUCAAACAAGUGAUUCCAAAAAUAGCAACAUCAACAGCAACAAGACAAUAACUGACCAUGUAAAUUAGACUAUGUUGAACAACCACCUCUCUCCCCUCGCCUACAGUUUCAACUGCCCUACGUUCCUUAUUCUUCUUCUUGCCUUUGUGAUAUAUUUCUGCCUUACCACACCUUAUUAAAAUGGCAAUUUUAUGUAAAUACCACCCAAUUGGAUUUCAUUUAUUCUCUGAUUGAGUUGACAUUUCAAUUGACGAACGUUUCAUUGUCAAGUUAGACUUCAUAUUCAAUACUGAUGGCGAUUGAUAAAUAUCCAUAUCACUCCUACUUCCCAACUCUUCUCCUUUCGGAUUUGUUUUGCUGCAUAAACUGUUUUCUCUCUGUCUCUCACCACUAUUGUUUGUUUAAAAUGCUUAAAAUAAAUAAGUAAAUGAUGCGCGCCUUAUUUAAAUCUUGCAUACAAUAGGAAGUAUUGAUUGAUUGAUUGAUUUUUUCUUGAAUAACAGUAAAACACAGCUGAUUGGUUAAGAUGGUUGGUUGGUUCAUUUCUACUUCGUUUAUUAUUUUUAUUUGUACCAAAUAAUUUCAAGUAAUUCACCAACACCAUUAAUAAUUACUGAUAAAAAAAAAAUAGACAACUGACUUUAACACUUUUUGUUCCUUUUACUUUAACUGUUUAUAUUAAUAAAUAUAAUUUAUGAUUAUUGAUGUCAUUGAAGAUGUUGUUUAUUAAAAAGUUGUGAGUUUUAUUAUCUAA